UUCAAAGGCAUAAAUAUCAGAAUUAGGUAGAAAAAAAAAAGCAAAAACAAUCCCUAUCGCUUAUAUGAUAUAUCUCCUUUCAAAAUUAAAAAAAAAAAAAAUCACACCGAAAACACCAUUCUACUUUCGGCAGGUCCCUUGAAGCUUUUGUUAUCUACUGAUGGCCGGCACAAACGCAUCAACGUUGAUAUUAUCUUCAGGAUCCAUGGAACAAACACAACUGUCCAUCCAAAACACAAGCUCACCUCAACAAAACCGUAACGGGUCAGACGGGUCGAUUGCCAUACUCUGGGACAUGGAAAACUGUCCCGUUCCUAGCGACAUACGGCCAGAAGAUGUGGCCAGUAACAUCCGAAUGGCCUUACGGGUCCACCCGAUAAUUACCGGUGCCGUAACAAUGUUCUCCGCUUACGGGGAUUUCAACGGCUUUCCUAGACGUCUCAGAGAAGGAUGCCAAAGGACAGGUGUCAAGCUCAUAGACGUACCGAACGGCAGAAAAGAUGCUGCGGAUAAAGCGAUAUUAGUCGACAUGUUUCUUUUUGCUCUCGAUAAUCCCCCACCGUCUACAAUCAUGCUGAUUUCCGGUGAUGUUGACUUUUCUCCCGCACUUCACAUACUUGGUCAACGCGGGUAUACCGUAAUUCUCGUGAUUCCGUCCGGUGUUGGUGUUUCGUCUGCGUUGAGUAACGCUGGUAGUUUCGUUUGGGACUGGCCUAGUGUUGUUCGUGGAGAAGGGUUUGUUCCGGCUCGUGGGACCGGUAUGGGUCCUGCUGACAUGGCGAGCUUACUGAUGAGCUGUCAGAUAACCGACAGCUCAGAUGUUCAAAACGAAGAAGAAGCGAUUGUUUAUAGAGGAAUAUCUCGAACCUACUAUAGUUCCAAAGAUUUUUCAACAACAUCAAGGUCUUAUAGUCUUCCAUGCGGUUUAAACAACGAUAUAACGUGGGUCCAGCCUGGAGAUUUGACCGGCUUAAAGGGUCAACUCGUUAAGCUUCUAGAAUGUUUCAACGGUUGUUUGGAGCUUGCACGUCUUCCCGCUGAAUACCAGAGAAGUUUCGGGAGACCGCUUUACGUUUCGGAAUACGGGACGUUGAAACUCGUAAAUCUUUUGAGAAAAAUGAGUGAUAAAAUAGCCGUUGAAGGUAAGGGACAAAGGAAGUUUGUAUAUCUUAGGAAAUGUUUAGCGGGGACCACUUCGGUUGCGGAAAAGAUUGAUAGAAAAGGCAAGGGUAUACGGGACGAGAAUACGUGUGAUGACUUCUCGGAUGAAGAAAGGGUAGUUUUGGAAGAUCAAGAUGAAAGUUUAGAUAAGUUUAGGUUUGAGCUUCAGGAGAUUUUAGUGAGUUAUUCGUGUACGAUAUCUUUGGGGUAUUUUGAGGCGAUUUAUCAGCAAAGGUAUAAACGAGCGUUGGAUUUUCAAAGGUUUGGUGUGAGUGAAUUGGAGGAGUUGUUUGAAAAGGUGGAUGAUGUCGUUGUGGUUCUUGAAGAACCGGUAAGCAAGAAGAAGUUUUUGGUCGCUGCCGGUUGCUAAACAAAUUAACGUGUUGCCAUACAAGGUUCUUUUUUACAUAAUUCCACCUAAGCAUGGGUUCGAAGAAGAAUCGUCACUUGGUUCGGUUGUGUUGGUGGCCGCUAAGGCUAUCACAGGUGUCCCGUCCCAACUUGAACAGGUGCACACGUGGGUUUGAUCAUUUAUCGUACAGAAAAAAGAGAUGCUGAGCCGGUUGUAUGAGGAAAACAAAACGGGUAGACGUUUAUGUACAGUUUGUUCGGGUUCUUCAUACGAAUAUGAGAUACGGAUCUAAAGAAAGAUGAAAACGCUUGAUUUCGAUGUCUUCAUACGGCGGUGUUUUAUUGAGACGGGUAUCAUCUGACAUGAUUUGAUGGAAUAAACUUGGAUUGCUCGGUUCCAGGCGCAUCAGUUGAUGAAGAAACAAACAAUAAACUUGUAAUUUUUCCUAUAAAAAAAUAUAUUAAAAAGACUGGCAAGUGGCAACUGAAAUGUUUUCAUACCAUUGACAAAGAAAACAACUCAUGAUGUAAAUUUUAAAAGAUGAUAACCCUUAUUUUUCUAUAA